GUCAGCUGGCGAAGGAGCUGAAGCAGCAGGACUGCCUUCAGUAUGCUGCCUUCUGUAACCUGGCCAUGGCUCGGUGUGAGCAGACUCUCUUCAACGCUCCCGGGGAAGCGUUAGCGCUAACCGACGCCGCGCGCCUCUUUCUCUCAUCUGAGAAGGAGAUCAGAGCCCUGCAGGCGCCGGGCUUCGACGAGCACCUACAAGCUGCGCUCAACUGCUACAGUUUUGCCAUCAAGGUGUACAUCGAGAUGAACCAGCCUGUUAUGGCAGCCAGCCUGUGUUUGGAACUUGGCAACGCACUCAAGGAGAUGAACAGGCCAGGGGAAGCGAUUGUUCACUAUCAGAGGGCUGCAGAACUACAGACUCAGAUGCCUAUUGAAGCUCUGCUGUCAAUGGGAGAGAUGGCCACCUGUAAAAUCCUGACCCGUGACUACGACGGCGCUUUGUCAGUGUUCACAGAGAUGCAGCUGAUGUGUCAGGAGAGAGGACUGCAGCUCCCAGGCACCACCACUCCUGUCGGAGCCUUUUUGGACAUUGUGGCUAAAUGUGAGAUAUCCAGAGUCUUACUGCUGAUGCUGCUUGAGCCGCCACCUCAGAAGUUGUUACCUGAACACGCUCAGACCCUGGAGAAAUACGCCUGGGAGUCCUUUGACCCUCACAGCCAAGUGACCUUCUUGCCUGAAAAUGUUUUCCUGCUCCUGCAGUCUGUGGUGAUGGCGUGUCAGGAGAAGGACACAGAAUCCCUCAAGUCUCUUCAGACUGAGCUGUGGCCGUUUCUGUCAGCAGAGCAGAAUCAUCUCCUCCACCUGGUGGUUCUGGAGCGAAUCGCACCGUCUGGUCAGGGCAUUUAGUCCAGUCCAGUUUUCCCUCACUUCCUCUGGGAACAAUACUUCAAGUAAUGGAAUAUUCCUGUUUCUGACUGGGUCUGUUGUAAGGCCUGAAAGAGAGCUUGUUUUACAGAUUUAGAGGUUGUAACAUGCAGUCAGAGCAACGCACUGAAUACCAAACUGUCUUUGUGCCAGGGUUAUUUGAAGAAAAACAUCUAAAUUCAGCUGCAUUUUAAUAUUAAAAUUCUGAAAAAACCAGGACAUAAUGUAAACAA